AUGUUCGAAGUGCAGAAUACACGGUCCGUGGCCCUUGUCUUAUCGCUUUUUGCUAUAUUUGGCAUCGCAAAAUAUCUGGUACGAAAGGCUUCGAAUAAGAAUGGCCAUUUGCGAUUUCCUCCCGGCCCCCCACGACUCCCCAUAGUUGGCAACGCACUUGAAGCCACCAACUCUGACAAGCCAUGGGUUACUUAUAAGAAAUGGGCAGAUGUUUAUGGUGAUAUCAUAUAUUGCCGAAUGCUCAACCAAGAUGUUAUCAUUAUCAACUCAGAAAAAGUAGCAAAAGACCUCCUAGAAAAGCGUUCGUCCAACUAUUCAGACAGACCUUUCCUGAACACCACAGAAAUAUUUGGAUUCAUGUUCAAUGUCCUAUUCUUGCGGUACGGCGACAAGUGGAGACAACACAGACGAUUACUCCACGACAAACUACGUACAGCUACUGCCCUUUCCUACCGCCCUUCACAAAUGCAUAAAACACACCAACUUCUCAUUGACAUGCUUGAGACUCCUGAAAAUUUUGCCUAUCACUUACAGGCGAUGAUGAUCUCCACUAUAAUGUGUCUCACGUAUGGUUAUGAAACUGCGCGUUGGCGUGACCCGCUUGUUGCAACUAUCGAGGAAGCCAUCGGAAACGCUCAUGAAGUCACAACACCCGAGGCAUCAGCUGUUCUUGACGCUUUACCAUUAUUGUUACAUAUCCCCUCCUGGUUUCCUGGUGCAGGUUUCAAACGCCGAGCGCGCAGAAGCCGUGAGAUGUUCUCGGAUAUGGUUGAGAAACCAUUUCAAUAUACAAAAUCACAUAUGUAUUCCGACAAGGCUGUGAAAUGCAUAGUUUCUGACCUUUUGGCCACCAUCAAGGACGAAGAUAAUCACGAUGAAUUUGAGAAAGUCAUUAAAAGUGUCGCUUCCACCCUAGUUGUUGGAGGAUCAGAAACUACCAUGUCCACUCUUUUGGAUUUUGUGCUUGCCAUGAUAUUAUUCCCGGACGUCCAAAAACGGGCUCAAACCGAAAUAGAUUCGGUAGUGGGCAGUGAUAGGCUACCUAACUUUGAUGAUCGAUCUUCCUUGCCUUAUGUGGAGGCCGUGCUUCGCGAGUCUCACAGAUGGCAUCCUGUUGCACCUUUAGGUGUUGCGCAUGCCGCAGUGGAUGAUGAUAUUUAUGAGGGAUAUCGGAUACCAAAAGGUCUAGCUGCUCAUCUGGCAAUGUCACAAAAUGAGGCCAAGUAUCCAAAUCCCUCGGAAUUCAUGCCAGAGAGGUUUUUUACAGCUGAUGGAAAGCUCAAUGACGAUAUGAUCCAUUAUGCGUUUGGAUUUGGUCGGCGUGCUUGCCCUGGCCAGCAUGUAGCUAACGCAGGAGUCUGGGCAGCCAUCGUGUCUUUGCUAGCUAUCUUCAAGUUUACAAAAGCAAAGGAUGAUCAGGGGAAGGGGAUUGGUAUCGAACCCCAGUGGACAACUGGCAUAGCAAUGUGA